UCGAUCUUCAGUUCUUCACCACAUACGCAUGCUUCGAGAGCAAGAUAGCUGCUAGCUACCAUCUACCAACGGGUCAUCGGAGGUGGAGCAAGCAGUGGCCAGCUGCUCCUCCACGCCGCCGUCCACAAUGGCAAAGAUCAAGCCAUGGCCUGCAGGUCUGUCGCCCGACGAUGACUCAGAGCGUGAGCGGGGGCAGGCAGCAGCAUCGUACACGGUGUGGAUGAAGUCGCUGGUGUUCAACGGCAACGGCUGCACCGUGUACGGCGCCGACGGCCGCGUCGCCUACCGCGUCGACAACUACGGCUGCCGCGGCGGCAGGGAGGUGUUCUUCAUGGACCGCGCCGGCAGCAGCCUCGUCAGGAUCCAAAGAAAGAGCUUUUGCAUGUUUAGGAGAUGGGAAGCUUGCCGGUGCUUAGACGACGACGGGGAAGACGCGAGGCCGUGGUUCAGAGUGCACAAGACAUGGAAGCAUGGCUGCGGCGCCGGCGCCGCCGCCGACGUCGUGACGAUGCACGGCGGCGGAAGGACGUACGAGAUCGAGGGGAGCUCGCGCAAAUCGGACUACAGGAUCCGCGGCGCGGACGGCGCGAUCAUGGCGGCCGUCGGACGGAAGCGGACGGCGUCCGGGGUUGUGCUGGGGGACGAUGUUCUAACGCUGACGGUUGGGUCGGGGACGGACCAUUUGCUCGCCCUGAGCUUGGUGGUCGUGUGUGGCAUUAUGAACCGCCGCUUGUGAUAUGGGUGGGAAUGGGAAGGAACGACCAACCAAGAACGGAAUUGUUUCUUCUGUAAAUCAAAUACGUAUAACAUACUAGCUCUACUGCAGUUUGUCUCCAGUUCAUUGAAAUAGUUUCUUUCAUAUGACUGGUAAGAAGUUGGCAACUCUUGAGUCUUCACGAGAGGAACAAUUGGUGACUCUUGGCGGCGAGCUAGCUAGAGUUUGUUCGUGGAUAGGGGAGCAGUUUGGAACUUGUUUCCCACUACUGAAGAAUAGGGCUUCCAUCUAACAACAUUUGUUUCGAUUGUUUUAGAAACGGUAUUGAUACUAGACAAAUAGGGCUUCCG